AUGUCGCCUCUACAAUCUGGGGCCCCGCCACCACCACAAGCUCGAGAAUAUGAUCCUGAGAUCAAAGAUAUCGCCAGCUAUGUUCACAACACUCCAAUUGACUCUGAUCUCGCGUUUGACACAGCUCGAUUUGUUUUUCUCGACACUUUAGGAUGCGGCCUCGAAGGUUUACGAUUCAAAGAAUGUACCAAAUUAUUGGGUCCGAUUGUCGAAGGCACUAUUGUUCCCAAUGGCACAAAGGUUCCCGGUACACCAUUUCAGCUCGACCCUGUGAAUGGUGCAUUUAAUAUCGGUGCCAUGAUUAGAUGGCUCGAUUAUAAUGAUUGCUGGCUGGCCGCAGAAUGGGGCCAUCCUUCCGAUAACUUAGGAGCAAUUCUCGCGGUGGCAGACUGGAUUUCUCGAACAAACAGAGCUGGAGGAAAUCUCGGCAAUGGCAAAAUUAUAACCAUAAAAGAGGUUUUGGAAGCUAUGAUUAAAGCACAUGAGAUCCAGGGCUGUCUGGCACUCUUGAAUUCUUACAACAAAGUCGGUUUAGAUCACGUUGUACUUGUCAAAGUUGCUAGUGCUGCUGUCGUCUCCAAAAUGUUGGGUUUGAGCGAGAAGCAAACUGCAGAUGCAGUUUCGCAAGCUUGGGUUGAUGGGCAGAGUUUAAGAACAUACAGACACUCUCCAAACACCAUGUCAAGAAAAUCGUGGGCUGCUGGUGAUGCUUGCCAGCGUGCCGUAAACUUGGUCUUGAAGGUUAUGAAGGGUGAGCCUGGUGUUCCUACAGUUUUGUCCGCUCCUGAGUGGGGUUUCUAUGAUGUUCUCUUCAAAGGAAAGAAAUUCGAAUUCCAGCGCCCAUAUGGUAGCUAUGUUAUGGAGAACGUUUUGUUCAAGGUAUCAUAUCCAGCCGAGUUCCACUCUCAAACCGCCAUCGAAGCCGCCAAGCGUAUUCGUCAACAAUUGGUAGACCAAGGAAAGUCUGCCGCUGAUAUUAAGGAGAUUACCUGCAGAACACAUGAAGCUUGCGUUCGUAUCAUCGACAAACAAUUUAAACCAAUGGACAACUUCGCGGAUCGUGAUCACUGCAUUCAAUAUAUGACUGCAGUCAUGCUCGUUUUUGGACGCCUUGAGGCUACAGACUACACAGAUGGCGGCGAGGCAGCCACUUCUCCUUUGGUUGAAUCACUCCGACAAAAGAUUGCUUGUGUUGAAGAUCCGCAAUUCACCAAGGAUUACCACAAUGAGAACAAGCGAACAAUUCCAAACGCAUUGACCGUCACCUUGAACGAUGGACAAGUUUUGGAAGAGGUUGUUGUCGAUGCUCCAUUGGGUCACAAAUUGAGAAGAGAGGAAGCGAAGCCCGAGAUCUUGGCCAAGUACAAGAGACACUUGGGUCCACAUUAUAAUGAGGCCAAGGUCAAGGAAUUGGUAGACCUAGGCAAUGACUCCAAAAGACUCGAAGCAAUGGCAGUGGAUGAAUAUGUUGACUUGUAUGCCAAACCACUUUCGAAUGAGGAAGUUAUUAUCCUCAAAGAAGCAUUCGAUGCAUACGACACGGAUAAAGGAGGCGAGUUAUGCGAAAAUGACAACAAUAUUCUCACAGCUAAUCAAGUCUCUACAGGUAACAUCACAAUCGAAGAAUUUGGCCGCGUGAUGAAACAGUCCGGGCAAAAUCCAAGUGAAGAAGAACUUGCACAGAUCAUCAAAGAAGUUGACCUCGAUAACGACGGCACUAUAAAUUUUGAUGAAUUCAUUGCCAUGAUGACUGGUCGAACGAGACAAAAGGAAGAGGAUUCAACGCUCGGUGAAAAUGACUCAAGGGCAGACUCGGCGCCGAUUCCUGUGUCAAGUGAGCUUGACGAUCCAGAAGAAGAGUGGAAGUCUGCGUGGAGGGAAUUUGAUCACUCGUUGAAAAGUUCGGUCACGUCAGCUCAGUUGAGGCAGAUUUUGGGAAAUCUAGGUGAGACGAUUAGUGAUGCGGAGAUUGAUAAUGUGAUUAUGAAGUCGGUGGAUGCGGAGGAGAAGAUUAGUUAUUCGGAAUUUGUGGAGUUUAUGAAUGGGAGAUCUACGGCGGAGCUGGAUAUUCUUGAUAGUUAUUAG